AAAAGAGACGUUCCUUUUGAACGAAUCGUUCACUCACGAGCCAACACUCCUAAAAACGGGUAAAAAAACAAAAACGGCUUUUGGAGGGCGCAGCCUGUGAAUUUGGACUCAGUUUGUCAAGCAAAACAAAGGCGGAAAUUGUACAUCUCGACAUGGACGGAACCUGGUGCUGCUCACUCUCUCCACCACAGCACCGUUGAUGGUCAGCGGCAGGUGUUGGGUGUGACCCUUCCGGAAGUCAACAACAAUUUCCUUGGUCUUGUCGACGUUCAGAAGGUCAACCUCCAGCCUGUAUUGAGUCUCGUCUCCCAUGGUUGCAGUGCAGUCAUGCGUCAGGAGGGUGAAGAGCAGCGGACUGAGCACGCAGCAUUGGAGGGCCCCUGUGCUCAGCGUGAUGCUGGCGGAGAUUUUGUCGCCAACAUGUACCACCUGUGGCCUCUGACAGAGGAAGUCCAGUAGCCAGUUCCAGAGGUGGGUGAGGGCCGAGUGGAGGGCAGAGCAGAUGGCAUCCUCUGAGGACCGCUUGGCUCGGUACGCAAACUGGAAGGGGUCAAUGGUGGGGGGGAGAACGGAACGGAUGUGCUCCAUGACAAGCCGCUCAAAGCACUUCAUGAUAAUGGGCGUAAGUGCCACGGGGCGGUAGUCACUGAAGCAGGACGGAGCAGGUUUCUUCGGCACAGGUACGAUGGUGGCAGCUUUGAAAUACGACGGGACGAUGGCCUGCUGCAGGGAAGUGUUAAAGAUGUCCGUGAAGACACCCGUCAGCUCACCAGCGCAGUCCUUCAGUGCUCGACCCGGGAUGUUGUCAGGGCCCGCCGCCUUACGGAUGUUGAUAGCGCUCUAUAUUCAAGUGGUUGAGCUCGCCCGUCAGAAAGAUUCACUCUUCCAAUUAAAGUUCACCUCCAAACAGCUAGAGAGACUUGCCAAAAAGGCAGAAAAGGAUUCCGAAAAGGAGCAGGCUAAGGUCAAAAAGGCUCUGCAACAGAAAAAUGUGGAAUGCGCUAGAGUUUAUGCUGAGAAUGCCAUCCGCAAAAAAAAUGAAGGUCUGAACUGGCUGCGCAUGGCAUCUCGAGUCGACGCUGUGGCCUCUAAAGUCCAGACUGCUGUCACAAUGAAAUCAGUGACUAGAAACAUGAGCCAGGUGACCAAGGCGCUUGACAAAGCUCUGAACUCAAUGGAUCUUCAAAAGGUCUCUGCUGUCAUGGAUAAGUUUGAAAGCCAAGUUCAGAAUCUUGAUGUCCACACCUCAGUAAUGGAGGAUUCCAUGAGCUCUGCAAUGACACUGACAACACCACAAGAACAGGUGGAUGACUUGAUCCACCAAAUAGCGGAAGAAAGUGGCCUGGAGGUGAUGGACCAGCUCAGCAAAUUGCCCGCAGGAGCCACCUCAGUGGGUGCAGAGACUUCACGCAGCCAAGAGAAGGAAGACCAGCUUUCUAGACGGCUCGCUGCUCUGCGGAACUGAAAGGGGACUCGACUCACAGCCAUGUGGAAAAAGCCAAGUUUGGUGGUGGUGGUAUUUGUGUUCCAUCAAGGAAGGAGCAUCACAUUCCCACUGCCUCAUUUUGGCCUUAAGAUUGUGUGCCCCCCUCCCUUGCAUGCCGUUUGCAAAAUGGUUCCGGUUUUCCUUAACUGUAUAAUGACAACAAUAAUGUAAAUUUUAAAUUUGUAAAACCAAGCCAAGUUAUAUGUUAGUUAUUUUAUGAGAGUGGGACAUUUUUUGUUCUUUAGUACCUGGUCUGGGUCAGACUUUGGUGGCCUGCAUACUGUAUGGAAAAGCAUUUGACUGCCUGGUCUCAUCACAUUCUUCGAAGUCCCAAAUAUUUUUACCAUUGAAUACACCAGUGGACAAUCCCUGCAUUGGACUUCAGUGAGUCAUGUUUGAAUUUAUUUGUUGUUAAACACGCAUGACACAAUCGACACCAUCCGUGUGAAAUACUGUAUUCUGGAUUGAAGUGCUGUCUAAAGUGCCUGAUGGACUGUACAAACUGGUGCAAGGGGAGCUGAGCACCGCACAGUUUUUGUCAAAGUUAGGAAGAUGUUUUUGCCAACAGCACCUUAGCAAAAGAACUGAUGACAGCUUCCUCUGGGUGUCAUAGAUGAACAUGCGUCAUCAUUUUAUUGUUGCAGUGUAAAGUUGUCCAAUUGUGUCUUUUUCUGUGAAUAUCCCCAUACUAUAUAUUUUGUAUUCGUAGGCAAGUCACCCAAGAGUGGCCAGGUUAAUGUAUCAGCUAAACAAAUCAGACAGAAGUCGUAACUUAAAUUAAAGGUGAUUAGAUUAUCUGAAUGUUUUAUUAUAAAUGUAAAUUUGCUUUUAUUAUGUUUUUCAUUAUUAUUUUCGGUGAGAAGAUUAUUUUUAAAAGGCAUCUGAAUGUUUUAUUAAAAAUAGGCCUUUGGUUUUUUUUUUUUUUUGUUUUUUAAUUGUGGCUGUUUAUUUUAAUCGACUAGAAACUUUCAUGAGAGACGCACGGAUAAAAGCUGUCUUGUCUUCUUACUGAGCAGUUUUAGUGUUGCCCUCUGUUUCAUUCCUUUUGCAAAUUUUUACAAUGCUGUGAUAUUUGAGAUUUCAUCUUCGCAGCACUUUUAUCUUACAAAAAUAUAAAACUUUCCUCCAGCGCCCACUUUAAUUUGAAUUCAGUUUUUGGUGUGUUGAUUGCAGACAUCAAUCGUUUUGUUGAUCCAUACUAAUUGUACACAGCGCUCUGCCUAAAUAUUUCAGUCCGUUUCAGUGCGACUAGUAAAUUACAAGGUCGCAUCGCUUUAAGCAUUAUGGCAACCGUGGUCAGGGGCAUCACUGAAGUAAGCUACUACUGGUCGAUCACAUGACAUUUAAAAAAAAAAACAUUCUUUCCUAUAGGCUAGAAUGCAUCCCAUCGCUUGAUUGACAUACAGGUAAGCCUGUCGGGAGGCAAUCACAGUGAAAAGCACAUGCGCAAUAGACAGUGACCACACCCCCUCACCGCAGCUGUUUGGCUGCACAUGCACAAGCCCAGCACCAAAGCUAAGAAGCUAAUCAACGCAUUACGCAUCAAUGCACUUAAACUUCUUAAACUAAAGAAAGUUCAUGAUCAGCAUAAAUGUGUGGGGUUGCUGGACCAAGUAAGAAGCCAAACCGUAUCACUUUCAUCCCAUUCAUUGAUUGACAUACAGGUAAGCCUAUCGGUAGGCAAUCACAGUGAACCGCUGGCUGCGACCAUAAAAAAUGAGUGGGGUUGCUGGACCAAGUAAGAAGCCAAACGGUAUCUUUUAUCCCACCACUUGAUUGACAUACUACAGCUAAGCCUAUCGGGAGGCAAUCAAAGUGAACCACAUCCCCUCAACUCAGCAUUUUGGCUGCGCAUACACUAGCCCAGGGGUGGGCAAACUUUUUGACUUGCGGGCCGAAUUGGGUUCUAAAUUUUGACCGAGGGGCCGAACCAGGAGCAGAUGGAUGUAGUGUUUGUGUGAAGUAAUAUAAAUGACAUGUAAAGGUCAUUGCAUAAAAGGUUUUUACUUUUAGCAAAUACUAAAGCAUGGAUAUUAAAAAAAAGCUUUUUGAAAACAAAUGCAUUUAUUAACAGCAUUAAAAAAAUAUUUCACCAAAAAACUACUAUCAGUGAUUCUUAUUAAAUACGACACUGUUAUGAUGAAUAACAUUUUCCAUCACUUCAGCGCCUGCAGGUCAGAUUUAUGAAAUAUGUUUAUCUAAUGAGGCGUAAUCACAUCCAACAACAAACAUUCUGACCAAAUACAUCAUCUUGAAGAAUCAGUGAAAGAAUACAUCUAAAUAAAGCAGUGCUUCUCAAAUACUGGGGCGCGCCCCCCUUGGGGGGCGCCGUGCUAUACCUGGGGGGGCGCGUGUGACCCUGGGGAACAGGCUUUUUUUUUUGCAGUACUAGAAUAAAGUGUAAUUGCGCAUCUUCCCAGCAGGGGGCAGUGGCGCUCUCAUUGUUACUUCUGUGACAUUUGCGACAGUGCAACAUUUUACGAUUUACAAGACAAGUUAGGAUAGUCACGGUGGGGAGGGGGGGGGCGCGAAAAGUUUUCUUCUUGCUGGGGGGGGCGUAACAGAAAAUAAUUGAGAAGCACUGAAAUAAAGUAAUAAAGAAAUCAAUAGUAUUUUUGGUUUCCCUUUUUUGCUAGUGCAUCGUAGUCUGGAGUAAAAUUUGUUGUGGUAAUUCUUAGGAUAGAGCCGAUGUGUCGGUCCGUUAACCUAGAUCUGUGACGGGCUUUGUUGACGUUCAUGUGGCUGAACGUCUUCUCACACACGUAGGUCGAGCCAAAUUGUCCACUCUUGUUUAACAUUUGGCACUCAGUGUCCACCUUUCUUUUCUUUGGGCCACUCAUUUUAAUGGAAGGAUUCCAGGGGAAGGUUUGUGGGGGGCAUUAGCGUAAAACUAUCUGAAAACUCAGCGCGCGAAUUACGAGAAUAUUGACGUCACAGCCUACACUCGAAAUUCGGCACUGAUAGAUGAAAUUACUACGUACUACUGAGUACGCACACGCACUUGUGUGCACCGAGCUUUCUGACACAGCUCCCGGGAGUAAAUGCGCGGGCGGGCGCUUCCCCAUCUACUGGGGAAACAUAGUAAUUGCAGGGAAAAUGACCCCAAAAAGAAUUAAUAAUACAAUUUAUUCAGGUUUGGCGGGCCGGAUUAAACGGCCCCGUGGGCCGGAUGUGGCCCGCGGGCCGUAGUUUGCCCAUGUCUGCACUAGCCCGACACCAAAGCUAACAAGGUAAUCAAUGCAUUACGCAUUGUUGGAUUUUGUCCACAAUUUAGGGAGCGCGCUAUCUGCACCUCACGGCAAAAGCCAUUGCAAAUCACCUGUUAUCCAAUUUACCGUAAAUUUCGGACUAUAAGCCGUGACUUUUUUCUCAAAUUUUGAACCCUGCGGCUUAUAGUCCGGUGCGGCUUAUAUAGGAUUUUUUCCGUGAUUUUUGUGAUGACUUGAUUACUUUUAUACACUCGUAAAAAGGCUGUGGACCGCUGUUGUGAGGCACCGCUUUGCUGGGCGGAGGGAUAUAUGACAUGGUCACUGGGGAGAAAAGUGGUGUGUUGAUCCUAUGUCCAGCCGCCAGGCAAAUAGUGCCGUAAAAUGUACACAAAGAUGAGACAGAACGAGAUCAAGACGUUCCACUAUGGCGGCUCAUUAGUUUCACUUUGUGAUUAGAAGGAAUUCGGAAAUGACGCAUAUACAGCCUUAGGCAAUCAAUCUGGCAUAUCAUUCAUAGCAAGUGGUGCAUGCAAGGGAUGGGCCAAUCAAUGACCUGAUGUCACAUCUGUUUCCAACAUGACAGUGUGCAUUAAAUUGAUUUCUUUACCCAUUAAGACCUCAGUGAGGAAGCGCUGGAGGUACACUUAUCAAUGUUAAAGGUGAAAAUCUAUUUGCUGGAAUGCUGACGAGAGUUUGGAUUUCCUUAAAAAGUUAAGGGAUUGGAAUGACUCUUCAUAGUCAAGCCUUUACGUGUUGCAAGGGAAACAAAAUUGUUUUAGUAAAACGUUCUAUUUUGACUGCAAAAUGCAUAAAUGUAUAAUUACAGAUAACUGACCAAUCCAGGGGUGUGCCCUGCCUCUCACCGAAAGUCAGCUAGAAUACCAGUUACACUGCAACGCUAAAGUCUCAGUCUACACGUUACACACAAAACUUGUUUUUUGGAAUAUGAGAGAACGUAGAAGUACCCUGAGGAGACCUCCAUACCGAGAUCACACAAGAAUACCAGAGCCUAGAUUCUAACCCCUGUUUUCUGUCAGGAAUGUGACGUGGGUGUAUUAACCAUUCAUCCUCUGUGACAAUAGUCUUCUGCUACAUACAAGGGAAAGGCAAGUGUCCACUAAAAAUAGCUUGGGGUGGUGAAUGACUGCCCAUCCAUCCAUCCAUCCAUCCAUCCAUCCAUCCAUCCAUCCAUCCCUAAAAUCACUAAAUGUACUGACCAAGAACUAAGGUCCAGAAUAGAACACCUUGUAAUUUAUUCCUGAAGGAGACAAGGGGCCCUCUAUUACCUGUAAUACGCAUUUUGUUAUUUGCUGAUUGAAACUGCUAAUUAAACUGUGAAUUGAAACUAAUAGGAAGAAAACAACUCUCGCUCUUUAUAUAGCUGACGUGUCUUGCGCAUCCGUUCUGUGCAUUUUAUUUCACAACACUUUGCCUUGUUCCUUUCUUCUCUGCUGUUCACUUCAAACACGCUCCAUGCGACCGCAAUGCUCUCGUAUCAGACGCUUGCUCGAUCACCUGCUCGUUUGCUGUCUGUCACAAUGUACCCUACACAAAUCCGAAACAUUUGUUGCGGCUCCAAGUCACGACGAGGGGCAAGUUUUGGUUUCCAAGGGUGUUUUUAUUCCUCUUCAACGUCUCUCCCAUACAGAGCCGCCUCUUUCCCGUGCGCGCACGGAGCGCGGUGGUGCGUUUACGGGCAGUCGGAGAAAUCAACGCCAACAAAAAAAAUUACAUUCAGCCUAGUUAAGACCAUACUAUAUAUAUAUAUUAUAAGACUAUAAAAAUGGGACCCAUUGCCUCCCUGCGUGUGUGACGAUCAUUGGGACUUAAAAAAAAAACAAAUUUAAAAAAAUAAAAUAAAAUUGGGUGCGUAUUAUACAUGGGUACAGGCUUUUUUCCAGCAUCAACAUGCCAUUUUUAGGGUGCGUAUUAUACAUGGGGGCGCAUUAUACACGGAAAAAAACGGUAAUUUUAAACUUGUGUAAAUUUAAGGUAUUUCAUACAGUUUGUUCAAUGUUCUCUGACUCUUCAGAUAUGAAUGAAAGGCAGAAUUUGUGUUUUUAGAGUUGUUCACAUCUGCCUGAGUGACUCAUAUUUGGUUAUUUUGUCAUUUGAAAAAUAAAGACAAUUGUGACAGUGAAAUUUGUUUUAUAACAGUGUGUAUUUGCAUGACAUUUUUGUAGUUACAAAAUGUCCGAAAAAACUAGGUAGCCUGCCUGCUGGAACGGGCAUGUUGACAUUUCAGUGUACGUGAAGAGGUAUUGACUGCAGCAAUGGGCCCACAAUGUCCACAUAAAGGUGGCCAAAAUGGCGAUACCAGACUCCGUGUGAGCUGAACUUGCUGGCCUGGCAGGAGAGACACUUCUUGGCCAAUUGGCAGACAUCACGGUUGAUGCCGUGCCAUGUGAACUUUUGAAUCCCCAGCUUGGAUGUCGCAUAACCAGACGGGUGAGAUAGGCCGUGUAUCAUCUUAAAGACGCGGAGCGGCGAUGGCACGUAAAUGCAGGGGCAGUCAGUGCUUACGUCACGGAGCAAUGAGCAACCUUGGUUCCCGACUUGUACAUUUUCCCAGUGGAGGCCAGUGAUAGCAGUCCAGUAGGCAGCUACAUCUCUGUCAUUUGCCUUUUGCAUUAAUGACAGCAUGGUAGUUAAUACCCAGGUGGACGGCAGUGAUUGAUUCUUUUCUGGGAAAGGGCGUCAGCUACAGGAUUCUUGUUGCCCGGCUCGCUGCUCUGCGGAACUGAAAGGGGACUCGACUCACAGCCAUGUGGAAAAAGCCAAGUUUGGUGGUGGUGGUAUUUGUGUUCCAUCAAGGAAGGAGCAUCACAUUCCCACUGCCUCAUUUUGGCCUUAAGAUUGUGUGCCCCCCUCCCUUGCAUGCCGUUUGCAAAAUGGUUCCGGUUUUCCUUAACUGUAUAAUGACAACAAUAAUGUAAAUUUUAAAUUUGUAAAACCAAGCCAAGUUAUAUGUUAGUUAUUUUAUGAGAGUGGGACAUUUUUUGUUCUUUAGUACCUGGUCUGGGUCAGACUUUGGUGGCCUGCAUACUGUAUGGAAAAGCAUUUGACUGCCUGGUCUCAUCACAUUCUUCGAAGUCCCAAAUAUUUUUACCAUUGAAUACACCAGUGGACAAUCCCUGCAUUGGACUUCAGUGAGUCAUGUUUGAAUUUAUUUGUUGUUAAACACGCAUGACACAAUCGACACCAUCCGUGUGAAAUACUGUAUUCUGGAUUGAAGUGCUGUCUAAAGUGCCUGAUGGACUGUACAAACUGGUGCAAGGGGAGCUGAGCACCGCACAGUUUUUGUCAAAGUUAGGAAGAUGUUUUUGCCAACAGCACCUUAGCAAAAGAACUGAUGACAGCUUCCUCUGGGUGUCAUAGAUGAACAUGCGUCAUCAUUUUAUUGUUGCAGUGUAAAGUUGUCCAAUUGUGUCUUUUUCUGUGAAUAUCCCCAUACUAUAUAUUUUGUAUUCGUAGGCAAGUCACCCAAGAGUGGCCAGGUUAAUGUAUCAGCUAAACAAAUCAGACAGAAGUCGUAACUUAAAUUAAAGGUGAUUAGAUUAUCUGAAUGUUUUAUUAUAAAUGUAAAUUUGCUUUUAUUAUGUUUUUCAUUAUUAUUUUCGGUGAGAAGAUUAUUUUUAAAAGGCAUCUGAAUGUUUUAUUAAAAAUAGGCCUUUGGUUUUUUUUUUUUUUUGUUUUUUAAUUGUGGCUGUUUAUUUUAAUCGACUAGAAACUUUCAUGAGAGACGCACGGAUAAAAGCUGUCUUGUCUUCUUACUGAGCAGUUUUAGUGUUGCCCUCUGUUUCAUUCCUUUUGCAAAUUUUUACAAUGCUGUGAUAUUUGAGAUUUCAUCUUCGCAGCACUUUUAUCUUACAAAAAUAUAAAACUUUCCUCCAGCGCCCACUUUAA